AUGUCAACUGAACGCGAAGAUAAGGUUUAUAUGGCCAAGAUUGCCGAGCAGGCCGAACGCUAUGAUGAAAUGGUGACAUACAUGAAGGAAGUUGCCAAGAUGAGCCCCGAUCUUUCUGUGGAAGAACGCAAUCUGUUGAGUGUCGCAUACAAGAAUGUGAUUGGUGCCCGCCGUGCAUCCUGGCGAAUUGUAUCGUCGAUUGAGCAAAAGGAAGAGAGCAAGGGCCACGAGGCUCAAGUCAACAAGAUCAAGGAAUACCGGAAAAAGAUUGAGAGUGAACUCUAUGAUGUGUGCAAUGACAUUCUUCAAUUGCUCAAGGAUUGUCUCAUCCCUGCUGCUUCUGAUGGUGAAGCCAAGGUCUUUUAUUACAAGAUGAAGGGUGAUUAUCAUCGUUAUGUUGCCGAGUACGCUACCAGCGAAGAUCGUAAGACUGCCGCAUCCGAAGCUCACGAAGCCUACAAGUCAGCUACCGACAUUGCACAAGUGGAGUUGGCAACUACGCAUCCCAUCCGUUUGGGUUUGGCUCUUAACUUCUCCGUCUUCUACUAUGAAAUCUUAAAUUCGCCUGAUCGCGCAUGCCACCUUGCUAAGCAAGCUUUCGAUGAUGCCAUUGCAGAACUCGAUACAUUGAGCGAAGAGUCCUACAAGGAUUCGACCUUGAUCAUGCAAUUGCUCCGUGACAACUUGACGCUUUGGACCUCCGAUCUGCAAGAAGAUGGUGACAAGCAAGACAAAUCGGCUGAAGCUCCCAAGGAUAACAACGAGCAAGCCCAAGAAUGA